GUCAUCGCACCUUUACUCUCCUCCGUUACUUGGUCGUCGCGUGCCCCCGUGUAAUAUCCUUAUACCUCUACCCUAUUUACGACCUCUAGACACUAGACAUGCCUUUCCAACAGGGUGACGCUGGCAAGGGUGCUGGUCUUUUCAAGACGCGGUGCGCACAAUGCCACACUGUCGGCGCGGGCGAGCCUAACAAGGUCGGCCCCAACCUUCACGGCCUUUUCGGCCGCAAAUCUGGCCAGGUAGAGGGUUUCUCGUACACGGCCGCGAACGUGAACAAGGGUGUUGUCUGGGAGGAGCAGACUCUCUUCGAGUACCUCGAGAACCCCAAAAAGUACAUCCCCGGUACGAAGAUGGCGUUCGCUGGUCUCAAGAAGGAGAAGGACCGGAACGACCUCAUCACUUACCUCAAGGAGUCGACUGCAUAGUUGGGCCCUUGUUGGUUUCGUAUCAUGGACCUCACAUAUUAUACUGGAUCCAUUGGUCUUAUUGCAUGUAGACGACCACUAUUGAGUUGUUUGCGUAACCCCGCUCUUACUCUCUGUA